AUGAGGCCGUCGGGUCAGAAGCGUGUCGUUUUGCGGGACAUGUCCAUUCGUCCUGUAACCCGCAAGCGCAACCAAGGCACUCUCGAGAUGCAUGCCAACGGUCUGCGGUAUACAAGCAAGUCCGAGCCCAUUGACAUUUUGUUCAGCAAUAUCCGCAAUGCCUUUUAUCAGCCCUGCAAGAACGAAGUAGUUAUUGCAUUGCAUUUCCACCUCAAGAACCCCAUCCUGAUUGACAAGAAGCUGGUCAAAGAUGUGCAAUUUUAUCGUGAGGUGGGCGAGGUCCAGACAGAUUUGGCCCAGGUGCGCGGGCGUGGUGAGCGCGAGGAGGCCGAACGCGAGCAGACUGAGCGUCGUCUCAAGAAAAAGUUUCAUCAAGAGUUUGAGAACUUCUACCGCACCAUCGAGGAAGAGCUCGGCCAGCGCAUCAUGUUCGAGGUGCCUUACGAGAAGCUGGCAUUCCCUGGUCCUGCUUUUGUAUUGGUGCUGGCCGACGUGGAGCGGGUGCACUUUGAGCGUGUGAGCUUCCGUACCCGGAACUUUGACAUUGUGUUCAUCUUCAAGGAUUACAAGCGUCCAGUGCACCAUGUGGGCGCCAUUCCCAACAAGCACCUCGAGAUGAUCAAGCAGUGGCUGGACAGCUGCGAGUUCCGAUACACGCAGGGCCCGCUGACGCUCCAAUGGAAGAUGAUCAUGAAGGAGAUCACGACCAAGCCACAGGAGUUUUUGGACAAUGGCGGCUGGAGUUUCCUUGACGAAGACGACCCCGAUCAGUCUGGCGAGGAUAGCGAGGAUCAAGAAUCUGAGUUUGAGGUUUCAGAGGACGAGCUGGACGAAGCUGAGGAGUCCACUGAAGAGGAAUUUGACGACAGCGAGCUGGAGCUGGGGGAUGAGGAGAGCGAAGAGGAGUACGAGGAAGACAGUGACGAGGAGGGCGAGGACUGGGACGAUCUUGAGGAGCAAGCGCGUGCAGAUGAUGAUGAAGAAGAGUUUGCAGUUGUCAGUGCCGAGUAUCGGCAUAUGGGAGAGGAGUUUUUAUAG